ACAAAAAGUAAUCUUUCGGGAAAUGCGUAAAGCAAUUAAAAGUCAAUAAUCACCAAGAGGAAAGGACAUUAUUUUAGAUUAAAAAAAUGACGAAAUGAGCGAGCAGCCUGUAGAAAAUUUGAAAUGCAGGGGAAAGUUCCUCACAUUCCGCAUUUGACAAAACACUCGAGAGGCAUUUUCAAAGCAUCCAAACCCUCUCGGUUCCAUGACUGGGUAAGAUUAGAAAUCAUGACUAUGCAUUCUGCGAAUUGGGAAAUGCUCGGCUAGCUUCCUUCCGAUUUCUGAGAAGAGGGAGGUGGGAAAUGCUUGGAAUUUGGAAAUUAUAUUCUUCUUCUUGGGUUUGUUGAUCUGUAAAAUUGAGCUACGGCAGAACAGGGCACGAAGCAGAGGCAGCCUUCAAGGGGAUCUUCCCAUCAAAUGGGUCUGCCCAUAAAUCUACUCACUGCAAUCAUCAUUGUUCUGAUUUUUCCGAUUGCUACAAAAUCUAAUGCUCAGAAUUUGGGAGAAUCAACAGGGUACGAGGAGCAUCAGUUUGGGCCAUUCAACAGUUCUUAUUACACCACUUUUGCAGUCGUGCCGCCGGCCACAAUCAGCAACGAAGCCCUCCAAGUCACUCCCGAUUCCGCCGCCAGCAAUUUCGACUUAAGAAACCGCUCCGGCCGUGUGUUUUUCAACAAAUCUUUCAGGCUCUGGGAAGACGGCGGCGGGGCCGGAGACGCCGCCGGCGGCGGAAGGGUGGCUUCCUUCCACACCUCCUACCUUCUCAACGUUUACCGGAAGGACACGGUGCCCGCAGAGGGAUUGGCCUUUGUUAUAGCGCCGGACCUUAGCCUCCCGCAGGGAAGCGCCGGCGGGUUCCUGGGUCUGACCAACUCCACCACCGACAAAGACCCCAAUAACAAGAUCGUCGCCGUCGAGCUCGACACCUUCAAGGAGGACUUCGACCCCGACGACAACCACAUGGGUCUCGACAUCCACAGCGUCCACUCAAACGUCACCGUUUCGCUCUCCGACCGCGGAAUCGAAAUCGCCGGCACCAAGAAAUGGGUGGUCUGGCUCGACUACGACGGCGUCCGCAAGACGUUGGCGGCGUACAUGGCUGAGAAUGGGUCGGCGAAACCCGCCGCGCCCCUUUUGAACGCGAGUCUCGAUCUGAGAGGACUGGUCAGCCAGAACUCUUACUUCGGCUUCGCCGCUUCCACCGGCGACACGGCCCAGUUGAACUGCGUGCUGGAGUGGAACCUGAGGGUGGAGCAGCUGGCGGCCCCAGACGGCGGUGGCGGCGGCGGUGGUGGCGGUGGCGGCGGCGGAGGAGCGGAUCUGAUAACCAAGAUAUGCUUGGGGAUAGGAGUGCCGGCCGCUGUGGCCGUGGCGAUCUGUGGUUUGAUGUUCAAUCUGCGGCGGAGGAAGGCGGCGGAGGACCCAGAUCUGGUGGGGGCCCUGAAGAGCCUGCCGGGAACGCCGAGAGAGUUCCGGUUCAAGGAUUUGAAGAAGGCAACGAACAAUUUCGACGAGAAGAACAAGCUGGGGCAGGGAGGAUUUGGGGUGGUGUACAGAGGCGUUCUGCAGGCGGCGGAGCAUCGGCAAGUCGCCGUCAAGAAAUUCUCCAGAGACAACAUCAAGGGUCAGGACGAUUUCUUGUCUGAGCUUACCAUCAUCAAUCUUCUCCGUCACAAACAUCUUGUUCGAUUACUCGGGUGGUGCCACAAAAACGGGAUGCUACUGCUAGUCUAUGACUACAUGCCAAACGGGAGUUUAGAUAAGCACUUAUUCCACGAAUCGAGCACGGAAGAGACAAUCAAGCCUCUUGGGUGGAACUUAAGAUAUAAGAUCAUAUCGGGCGUGGCAUCAGCACUACAUUACCUCCACAAUGAGUACGACCAAAAGGUGGUGCACCGAGACCUCAAGGCGAGCAAUAUUAUGUUAGAUUCCAACUUCGAUGCCCGUCUUGGGGAUUUCGGGCUCGCCCGAGCCCUAGAAAACGAAAAAACCUCAUACGCCGAGCUCGAGGGGGUUCAUGGGACAGUGGGCUACAUUGCCCCAGAGUGCUUCCACACGGGCCGGGCCACCCGAGAAUCCGACGUCUACGGGUUUGGGGCAGUGGUGCUAGAGGUGGUGUGCGGGCAGCGGCCGUGGGCCAAGAACGCGGGCUUCCAGUGCUUGGUGGACUGGGUCUGGUGGCUGAACCGAGAGGGCCGAAUCCUCGAGGCCGUGGACCCGAGGCUGGGCCCGGGCGAGUACGAAGCCCAAGAGGCCGAGAGACUGCUGCUUCUUGGGCUGGCGUGCUCGCACCCAAUUGCGAAGGAGAGGCCCAAAACACCGGCCAUAUUUCAGAUAGUGACGAGGUCGGUGGAGCCGCCGCGGGUGCAGCUGUUCAAGCCGGCGUUCGUGUGGCAGUCGACGACGGGGCCCGAUGUGUCUAGCUGCAACGGGAGCACGGGAGUAGCGUCGGAUACCACUCCGAUGACGUCAGGGUGGACCCCACAUUGCGCCAGCCGACUCAGCGAUGACGGACGAUAUUAUACAGAUAGUUCUGACAUGGUAUAGCUGACGCCAUUUUCUACUUGCUAUUUGUAGUGUUCUUUGUUUUUGUUUUUUUGAUUUUUCAAUUUUAAAUAUGUUCUCGUAAAAUUUUCAAUUUUAUGAUUUUGAUAUGGACCCAUUCUGUGUAAAUCUUCUUUCCACCUUCCAUUUGAUGUUCUUUUUUAUGGUCAAUAUUGGAACGCAGUAGGAGUUAUGUGUAUAAUAUCUUCCUUUUUCUUUUCGUGUUUUUAAAACUUUUCUGUUAAUAUAUUUUUAAAUUCUUA